CCGAUAUAUUAUAAAUCAAUAUGGCUGCUGUUCCGGCGAAGUCAAGCCUCAAAAUUGCCCAAGGUGCUGUGGUGUGCAAUGAAUGUGAACUUAAAGGGGAUAUCACUAUAGGUGCUAAGACUGUAAUUCAUCCUAAAGCAAAGAUCAUAGCAGAUGCUGGGCCUAUCAUUAUUGGAGAUAACAAUUUAAUUGAGGAACAGGUUGAGAUAAUAAACAGGAAAGUCAAGACUGAUGGUGAAGGAUCGACACACUCCGUAAUGAUCAUUGGGAACAACAAUGUUUUUGAAGUUGGAAGUUGUAUCCUUUUGGCUGUUGUAGCUUCUUCUUUUAUUUUAUGCUUGGUGGUGACAGGGGGCUCUUUUGAAACCCCCACGCCGCUGCCCUCUGUCAUAAAUGACACAUUGGCGGCGUGGGGAACAUCAGGAGCACCACAGAGGCCCUGGACCAAGAUGGCUGCUGUUCCGGCGAAGUCAAGCCUCAAAAUUGCCCAAGGUGCUGUGGUGUGCAAUGAAUGUGAACUUAAAGGGGAUAUCACUAUAGGUGCUAAGACUGUAAUUCAUCCUAAAGCAAAGAUCAUAGCAGAUGCUGGGCCUAUCAUUAUUGGAGAUAACAAUUUAAUUGAGGAACAGGUUGAGAUAAUUAACAGGAAAGUCAAGACUGAUGGUGAAGGAUCGACACACUCCGUAAUGAUCAUUGGGAACAACAAUGUUUUUGAAGUUGGAAGUUAUAGUGAAGCCCUAAACAUGGGAGACAACAACAUCAUAGAAUGUAAAGCUCAUAUAGGACGUGAGACUACACUUACCAAUGGUUGUAUUGUUGGUGCAAUGUGUCAUGUUACAAGUAGAGAGGUGCUGCCUGAGAACACAGUUAUGCAUGGCUCUAAGUGUGAGAGGAGGGUCCAAGCAGAGAGGCCAGCACCUCAGACACUCCAGCUAGAUUUCCUUACAAAGAUUCUUCCAAAUUAUCACCAUCUUAAAAAGUCUAGCAAAGCUCUGCCUAAAGUGAGCUAAAGAAAGACUAUGUUUUGCUGUAAGGAAAAAGAAAGGAAAAAUGCAAGGAAGAGGAACUCGGGGGGGGUCUGGAGAUGAAGAGUCUUGGCAAGGAAGUUCAGAAUAUCAGAUUUUGAUGAAAGUCAUGCUGGACAAGUUCUUGGAGUAGACUUUCAGAUAUAUUGCUUUCAAUAUAAAUGUUUUUUUGAUCAUGCCAUUCUUCAUUUCCCUAAGGACUUCCAUGUCAAAAAUUCCAUGUCACUUGAUAUUGAAUAAACUCACCAAAUUGAGUCUGAACUAUGUGUAAGACGUGGUGGGAUGUGAGCAGUACCCUUGUAUUGUCCACAUAUCAUUUUAUUUAUGUGACAAAUGACGGAGACCUCACUAGCAGAACUGUCCAAUUAAUUUUUUUUUGUAGAAUCAAAGAAAACUUGAGAGGCAUUCAAAUAAUUGUCUUGUUGGUGUAUUCUAGUAAAUAUAAAUUUGUAUAACUUGUCCUAAGGUCUCAAAGGGUUGUCAUUAUAACUUCCUGGAAGCACACACUGUGCAAAUGUGAGACUUCUUUUGAUGCUCUUUAUAUAUAACUAAUUAUUUGUUUUUGUUUCAUUUGUAAUUUAUUUAUUGAGACA